AUGCUGCUCUGCAAUGCGGAACAGCUGAAGAAGAAGGGCAAAUAUCCUGACAUUGUGACCCUUCAGGAAGGACUGCAGGGCGAUUAUAUAACUCUGAGGAACCCCCUAGUUUCUGGGCUGGAGUUACUGAUUGUUUGGAAGAUACACAUGGAUGAAGAAGGGAGAACGACACCUGUUCUGGACCUCCUCACUAAAGUACCGGAGCAAGUCCUGGAGCACAAGAUGGUGACGUUGAGGAAGGCCCCCAGGCACUUCCGGAGCCUGCUGCUCCUGCUGGGGGUCGAGGCGGCCAUUGAGAACCUGAUCAGAGUGGUUGGCUUGCGGGAAUGA